GAAAAGUCUGGUUACACCUGGUUACUGGGAUUUUAGCCGCCCGCAUUGGCCCCCAAAACUACAAAGAGUCCAGCCCCCCCCUUCGCAUCCCAACCAUCCUUCCUUGUUCCCCCUGUCGAGUACUCCCAGACGAAGGACAAACGAGACUUGUCGACGACCUACCUGCCUUCCCACCUCACGACCUCUCGUGACUGAUACCACUCGUCACACGACAUCAACGACAACCAAAAUGGCCUUUGGUGGUGCCCUCCUUCGCUUCGGCCAGACCGGCCUGCGCAUCAUCGAAUUCGCCUGCGCGGCCAUCGUCCUCGGCAUCUUCAGCUACUUUUUGGCGGUGCUGUCCAAGCACGACAUCCACAUCCCGACGUGGGAGAAGGCGGUCGAGGGCAUGUCGGGCGCGGCCUGCCUGUACCUGAUCUUCUGCAUCCUGCUGACCCUCUUCCUGGGGGCGAUCCGGUUCUUCGCCGCCAUCGCCAUCUUCCUCGACAUCUGCUUCGUCGGCUGCUUCGCCGCCAUCGCCUACUACACCCGCCACGGGGCCAACUCCUGCAAGGGCUUCGUCAACACCCCCCUCGGCAGGGGCGCCGACAACCAGGACGCCCCGGGCGCCGGCGACUGGGGCUACGUCUGCAGCCUGAACACCGCCGUCUUCGCCGUCGCCCUCGUCAACGUCUUCCUCUUCCUCAUCACCGCCAUCGUCCAGUUCCUCCUGGCCCGCCACCACCAAAAGGAGAAGCGCUUCGGCCCUAGCCCCAGCAACAACUACACCAGCGGCACCGGCCGUCGGCGACCUUUCUGGCGCCGCAACAAGGCCGCCCGUGGCACCCGCGACGCCGAGAUGGCCACCGGCGGUGCCGUCGCCGGUUCCCACCACCACGGCCACGGCAACACCGUCAGACCCAGCCACGAGACCGGCAUGACGGGAUCCACCAUGAACAACACCGGCGCCGCUCCUUACGCCACCGAACCCAAGUACGGUCAGCCUGGAUACGGCAACGCCGGUUACAAUCCUCCCGCCACAAACUAUUAGGCGGGUCAGGUCACUGCUCGUGUGAUGACUGAAGACGAACCUCUUUUUUUUUGAGGGGACUUGCCACCACCACCACCACCACCAUAAGUAUCUCUGUCAAAGUCUAAAGUCAUUCAUUUUACCCGAUCCUGAUUGUGAAGAAUCAACUACGACAAAUGUACGAUUAUAUUAAUCAACACGAGAAGUUUUGUCCCUCGCGGAAUGGUGGUAGAGUGGAGAAAAGGAGUUUAUCAUGUCACUUGUUUUCCCAAGGUGACGAAUUUACCUGUUGUACCACCACCACCAACAAUAACACCAACACAUCUUCAUCAGACUGACGUGCCGGAGUAAGGAAUGAGUUGGGGACUAAGGACCAAUGUCAACAGAAAAUGGAGGAGAAACACAGGCGAAACAGGAUUUAUUGCAAUGCCCAAAGUUUGGUACGAAACGUUCACGAUAGAUAUCACCGCCCCCCACAACCCCCGACGUGAUUUGGCUUAUCAGCCAAACCCUUCCCUUUAAUGAAAUUAAUCAAACUACACUAUUAAAAACAAUCAUGACCAUACAAACUUGAUAUAAAACAUCUCAACUGCGCACCAUCUCGUGAGUAUAUGUUUUACUUUUG